AUGAAAUCGUUGACAAUUUCAGAUUCAGUUACUUUAACAACACUAAGUAAUGAAGAGUACCAUGGAUGUGUUUGUUGCAUUGCUCCUAAUGGAGAAUUUACUGUGCUAAAGGAGGAUAUUAGACCAGGUUUCAGCACUUUCCAAAUGAUACGGAACGAUGUAAUUAAGAAAAUAGCACCAUGCGAGAACUCAAAAGUAGAGCCACUAAAAACAGAGUUACCUUCUAAUUAUAUUUCUAUUAUAAAUGAUAGAGAAGAAGUAGCAAUCAAUAAGAUAAAAUCAAAUCUGCAUUGCUGGGGCACAAAUGUAACACCAAUGGGACAAGCUACAUUCAACUUCAUUCACAAAACUCAUCCCAAUUGUCGUUGGAAUGGCAGCAAUAUUGAAGUUAUGGGUAUUACUGUUGCUCCUCCAUAUUUACCGGAGAAUUGUAUUGGAACAGACCAGAGAGCUCUAGAAAGAAUACGUAGAGUAAUUGAAAAGUUUCAAGAGAGAAUCCAGAAGCAAAAAAGUUGCUAA